AUGAAGGGGUUCAGAGGUAGAGUCAUGGCAACGGAACAAUUUGCUGAUUCCUAUCGUUCUGCGAAUUUCUGCACCUUCAUCAAUGAAGUCUAUGAGGUGCUCAGUGAUCCAGCUCAGCGUAGGGUUUACGAUGAUAUUCAUGGGUAUUCUUUGACAUUAAUUAAUCCGUUCGCAGAUGAUUCUACUCCAAAGGAUCAUGUUUUUGUCAAUGAGUUCAGCUGCAUAGGCUGCAAAAAUUGUGCUAAUUUCGGGAAUCCGGAUUUACUUCAACAACUUAUUGAUAGUUGUACUGUUGACUGCAUUCAUUGGACAUCACCUGCACAAUUAUCAUUACUUGAAGAUGAAAUGCGCCGCAUAGAAAGAGUCAAUCUUCUUGAAUUCGAGCAAAUCGUUCUGAUGCUUUCAGGAAUGGGAUCAACUUUAAGCGAUGUUUUCAUAAUGUCGAAUACCCGAUGGAAAAAAGGCAGUUAA